AUGACAACCUCUUGUGUCCUCAUUUCUUUGGCUCUGGUUUGGUUCCUUCCUAAUCAUCUUAUCAUUCUCUCCGCUCAGCCACCUCCUUUCGUUUAUCACAAUUGUUCACUUGGCAAAGCAACGUACAUAAAGCCAAGUGCUUAUUACACAAACCUCAAUGCUCUUCUUUCCAGUUUCACUCUCGACACAGUAAUUGACUAUGGCUUCUACAGUUCCUCCUUCGGCGAAAGCCCCAAUAAAGUUCACGCACAAGGGCUGUGCCGAGGAGAUGUGGAGCCGUAUUCUUGCCGAAAGUGCCUCAACGAUGCCAAAACCCUUCUCCCAAAGCUGUGUCCAAAUCAGAAGGACGCGUUUGGAUACUAUGACUUUUGCACUUUUCAAUACUCAAGUCGUUCAUUGUUGGGGAUAUAUCGGUUCCCUGAGUUUUCGUACAGUUUUAACAACCCACAAGAUGCAGAAGAUGCAGACAAGUACACAAGUGCCCUUAAUGAUCUGAUGCGAAGCCUGCAAACCAAAGCUGCUGCUGGGGACUCUAGUUUUAAACUAGCUGUGGGAUAUAAGAUAGCUGAUGAAGUUGAAACUGUCUAUGGUCUUGCUCAGUGCUCGCCGGAUUUGUCUAGGAAAGAUUGCAAGGCUUGCUUAGAGAAGGCUAUCUCGGAAAUCCCAAAUUGUUGUGAGGACAAGAUUGGUGGUAGGGUUAUCAAACUGAGCUGCAAUCUUCGAUUUGAGAAGGUCCAUUUCUAUUAUGAUUAA